AUGCUCGGCAGUGCUCCGGGGCUUUCCGGUCGGUGGGAGAGGCUCGAGCCGCGGCCGCGCGCUAGGAUGCUGCGCCAGGUGUUGCACGCGGGCCUGAGGACCUCGUUCCACGCGCUGGGCCGGUUCGUGGCGAGCCACCCGGUGUUCUUCGCCUCGGCGCCCGUGCUCCUCUCCAUCCUGCUGGGCGCCAGCUUCAGCCGGUACCGCGUGGAGGAGGACGUGGAGAGCCUGCUGGCGCCCAAACACAGCCUGGCCAAGAUCGAGGGCAACCUGGUGGACAGCCUGUUCCCCGUGAACCGAUCCAAGCACGCGCUCUACUCCGACCUGCAGACACCGGGCCGGUACGGGCGCGUGAUCGUCACCACCCGAAAGGGGAGCGUGCUGGACCCGGUUCACCUGGACACCAUACUCAAGCUCCACAGGCGGAUCUACCAGAUGCAGGUGACGGUCCCGGCCACGGGCUUCAACAGCUUCAACUACUCCUUCUCCUACCUCUGUCUCCCUGACGACAAGAACGUCUGCAUCAUCGAUGACAUCAUCCGCGCCAUGGAGGAGAUCCAGGCGGCUCGCACCUCCAACCGGUCCGUCCCGGUCCUGCGGUACCCCAUCACCCAGCUGGCAGACGGACGGCAGGCGUACAUCGGCCACCAGCUGGGCGGCGUGCAGGGUUGGGGUCCCAGCGGGGCGGUGCGAGCUCAGGGGACGGGGGCCAGGGGGGAAGGCGUCCGUUCUGCCAGGGCGCUGCAGCUCACCUACUACCUCCAAGCUCGAGGCGGCCUGAUGGACCGGGUGGCCAGCCAGUGGGAAAAGGCCUUCUGCGCUGAGCUGCAGCACUUUGCGGCGUUGCACCCGAAGCUGGGCCUCUACCCUUCCACUUCCUCUUCCCUGAGGACAGACUUCCAGUUCUCCUCUGUGCUGGCGCGUCGCCCCCUGUUGGCCAGCCUGGGCGUGUGCGGCGUGCUGGCCCUCCUCUGCUGCUCUAUGAGGGACUGUGUGAGGUCCAAGCCCUGGCUGGGACUCCUGGCUCUGCUGUCGAUCACGCUGUCGGGCCUCACUGCUGCUGGAAUACUCAACCUGACCGGGGCCACCUACAACUCCACAUACCUGGGCAUCCCCUUCGUCAUGCUCGGUCACGGGCUCUUCGGCUCCUUCGAGAUUCUGUCGUCGUGGAGGCGAACCCGGGAGGACCAGCACGUGAAGGAGCGCGUGGCGAGCGUCUUCGAGGACGUCAUGCUGCGUUUCUCCGGCUCCACCAUGCUCCACCUCAUGACGCUGGGCCUGGCCGCCUCGCCGCUCACCAACAUGGAGGCCGUCCGGCUCUUCUGCCGCACCGCCGCCCUCGCCGUCACCAUCAGCUACGUUUACAUGCUGUCCUUCUACAGCUCCUGCCUGGUGUUCACCGGCUACCUAGAGACCGGCUACAGACACGGCUGCUUCUGCCGGAGAGUCCCCAAACCGGACCGGCUGGACUCCAAACCGGCCUGGUACAGGUGUUUGAUGUACACCCGCUACCAGGAUGAAGCGCAGACCACCAACCCGCCGCACGCCGUCGCUCACGCUCACACGCCAAACCCCAACCUGACGCACACGCACACGGUGAACCACCCCGGUGUGCACGGACACGUGGCCAACUCCACGCACACACAUCCACACUCUCACACGCACUCGACGGCGAGCACGGACCCUCAUCCUCAGGACUCGCACCUUCUGCUGGGGUGUGUGCGGCGUUGCUACGGAGACUGGAUCACCAACACAUACGUCAAGCCCUUUGUGGUUCUGCUUUACCUGGUUUACAUCUCCUUCGGAUUGAUGGGGUUCCUACAGGUGACCCAGGGCUCCGACCCCAGCGCGCUGGUUGCCAUGGACACAGCGACAGUAUUGUACACCCGCGCCCAGCAGCGUUACUUCAGCUCCUACUCCCCUGUGAUUGGAUUCUACAUCUACGAAAGCGCCCCCUACUGGAACGCCUCGGUGCAGCGGGACCUGCUGGAAUACGCCAAAGGCUUCCAGAGGAUCAGCUGGCUGGAGGCGUACCUGAACUACCUGUCGGACCGCAACCAGUCCACCAGCCAGCCGCGGGAGAACUUCACCCGCACGCUCCGCCACUCCUUCCUGCGCGAGCCGCAGUUCGCCCACUUUGCGGACGACAUCAUAUUCGCGGAGCGCGGCCAGGGCGAGGAGCCCGACGUGGCGGCCUCGCGCAUCUUCCUGGUCGCCAAGACGACGGAGAACAAGCGCGAGGAGAUGUCGGUGCUGCUGGACACGCUGCGGCGCCUGUCGCUGACCUCGCGCGUCCGCUUCCUCAUCUUUAACCCUUCCUUCGUGUACCUGGACCGCUACGCCGCGGCGGUCAGCUCCCCCCUCAGACACUCACUGCUGGCGGUGCUCUUCCUGUUGGGUUUGUCCUCGCUGGCCGUCGUGGAGCCGCUGGUCUCCGUGUGGCUGGGCCUCACCCUGCUCUCCGUCCAGUUCGGGGUGCUGGGCUUCAUGACCUUAUGGGGCGUGGAGCUGGACUGCAUGUCCGUGCUGUGUCUGAUAUCGGCCUUGGGGCACUCGGCGGACUGCAGCGGCCCUCUGCUCUGCGGCUUCGCCUCGGGUCGGGGCGAGAGCAGGACUCGCUGGGUGAGAGUGGCGCUGGAGAGACACGGGGUUCCCUCCCUGCAGACGCUCAUCUGCUACAGCGUCGCCCUGGUGCCUGUUGGCUCCGUACGCUCCAACCUCACGCGCACACUGUUCCGCUGCCUCACCCUCACGGCCGGCUGCUCGGCCCUGCACACGCUGGCGUUCCUGCCCACCCUGCUCACCUUCCUGCCCCCCUCCAAGAGCCGGGGUCACCGGCCCGGAGAAGAGGGCCAGAGGCAGGAGGUCGAGUGCGUCGAAAUGAACGACAGCACCAGAGUGGUCGACCAGAUCACCACUGUCUGAGCGCGGGGAUGACGCUGGUUUUUUUGGGCUCCUGCGUUGCCAUGGUGACUGCCGGCUGGGAAGUGGUUCAGCCGCCGAGCGCGCCGCUGACGAGAAUGCUGAUACUUGUGAAGACAGGAAGCAAACGGAGGGUGCGACGGAGGAAAGAUGGGAUGAAAAUUAAGAGUAGAAGGUCAAGAGAAAAUAGAUUCAAGAGAGCAGGAGGCAGAUGAAGACCAGGAGGGAGAGAAAGACAGGUUUCCGAUGCAGUGUAUCCAUGGUUACCUGCUUGUUGCUAGUGCUGUGCGGCAUGUGAAUGAGGUUUAUUUUCCCCCAAACGGCCAAUCAGAAGUUGAGGAUCAGCCGAGGUGUGACGUCACCACAGAAGAAGUGCCACACUUUUCACGUCUACGAAACUUUGCUUUAGAUCCGAUCCCGUCGUUUUGCUACUGCUAUCUGUUCGCCAUACCAAGUUGCACAAAUACAGCUACAAUGACAUGAGGCAAUCAUCUGUAUGACUCGAGUAUUUCUACUUUAAUGCUGGACAAAUAAAGUCAAAAUAAGGAAACGUGA